AUGUCCAGAAAACUCGAGAAAUUCGUCGUGCUGUUCGACAACACCAACCUGUUGUAUUUCCCGGGUCAGUUUCUCAGCGGCAGAGUGUUGGUGGAGCUCAAGGACGACACGCAGGCCUUGGGCCUACAUUUCCACGUGAUCGGCGAAGGGGUAGUGCGAUUGAAAAGCAAACGGCGCGAGCGGAUCUACGACAAGGAAAACUACAUAGAUUUUCGGAUGAGACUACUCGGAGAACCGGGACAACCGCCAGUGAUGCUGUCUCCAGGCAUUCACAGUUUUCCGUUUAAACUCGGCCUGCCACCAGGACUGCCGUCCACGUUCCUGGGAAAGUCAGGUUGGGUCCAGUACUACUGCAAAGCGGCGCUCCGGGAGCCCAACUCUCUCACGCACAAGAACCAACAAGUUUUCAUCGUCAUGAACCCGAUCGAUCUCAACAUGGAGCCGUCCAUUUUAUCUGAACCGUUCCGGUGUGACAUCGAUCACAAACUGUCAAAGGCCAUGUGCUUGGGAUCUGGUCUGGUCGAGUGUCAGGUGUGCCUGGACAAGGGCGCCUAUGUGCCAGGCGAGACCAUUGAGAUCACUGCUACAGUGACCAACAACAGCAAAGUUACCAUUAAAUCGACCAGAGCUACGCUGACGGAGACGAUUCAAUAUUUUGCCAAGAGUAAAAUAAUACAAUCGGAGACCAGAGAAUUGGCUUCGCUGAAAAGAGACAAAAUCAGACCUAACGAAAUGGACCAAUGGCACAAUGAACAGCUGUACGUGCCUCCACUGCCGCCUACUAACCUCCGUGGGUGUCAUCUAAUAAACAUUCAAUAUGAUAUUUAUUUCAUUAUAUCUCCGAAUAACAUGGAAAAGGAUGUAAAACUACAACUUCCUAUUAUGAUGGGUACUUAUCCGUUUAGAACAGAAAAUGGAUCAUUCGAUGGAAAACUUGGGACCCAUUAUCCAUCGACAUUGCCAAUACUACGGCCAUGGUUGGAAGAAAAGACUUUUAAAUGA